AUUUUCGUUAGUUGACGACAGAUGGCGAUGUUUGCAAUCACUGGAUGGAGAUGGUUUUGCUAGAUCGUGUGCAUGCUUCAUCAACGGAAUGUUUUCGGAAUCGUUUCGUUAGGAUUUAUUAUGAGACGACUAAAGACAAUUGAACCGAGUGAGAAAUUUAAAGCAGUCGUAAGGAUAUACAGAAAUUGCCAAUCAGCAAUGAAAUAAAUUUGAAGUUUAAAAAUGGUAGUGAAUUUAUCAAAAGUAUCCAAUGUAUCCGCAUCAUUCAAUAACCUGACUAUCAACGAAGAAACUAUUUUUGGUCAGAAAUUAAAUUUUACUCUCGCGUCAGAUCUCUUCAGCGAUGGUAUUUGUAGAGAUGGAUGGUUACCAACUAAUCAUAUAUUAUUUCAACUUGCAAAUACAUUCCUCUUCUUGUCAUAUUUAGCACCUACAGGAAUUCAUGGAUUAUUAUAUUUAAGAUCUUGCUUAGCCUUAGGAUGUUUAUUUUUUGCACUUUGGGGAUGGAUCAUCUUAUGUGCCUUGGAUACAUUUGUAUGGAAUUUCAUGUUUACCAUUAUUAAUCUCAUACAUAUUGCUAUUAUCUUGUACAUGUUGAGACCGAUUCACUUUAGCCGUGACAUCGAACUAGUGUAUCGGUUACUAUUUAAACCUCUGAGAGUUUCGAGACAUCAGUUCAAGAAAGUGUUAGAUUGUAUGAAAGAGAUAUUGGUCUUGAAACCUCAAGAUCCCUAUUGCAUUGAAAAAGUUACGAGGGUAGAGAGAUUAUCUUUGGUGCUAACUGGAAGAGGAAUUUGGGAAAAAUGGCUUGCUCUAGCCUGUGAAUACCAAGUCUUCUGGAAGGGAGUCCAAUACCAAGCCUGUGAAUACCAAGUCCAUCAGCAUCCCUGUGUUUUUUAUGGAGAUGCAAAGGUCACAGUUAUAGCCAUGGAAGAUUGUCGUCUUUUGGUGUGGCACAGAGAUAAAUUAAAACUAACCAUAUGUGGUGAUCAGUUUUUACAAGCAGUGUUUGACAAUAUAUUAGGAAAAGAUGUUGUAAAGAAAUUAAUGCUUGUAACUGAAGCAUCUUGUAAUGGCUCAGCUCAUACUGAAGAUGCUGCAGAAACAACAAAACUUCUUGGAAAACCAAAGGAAGGUAGAUCUGGAAUGGAUGCUUUGAUCUCAAGACAGUUUGAUGGACGAGAUGCUAAUGUUUGGAAUCUCGGAAAAAUUAUAGAAUCAGAAGAUGCCGAAACAACUGUCUGAAAAUAAAAUGCUGCCAUCUUGUGACGUCCAAUACAUAAACUUAUAUUUAUGUCAAUAUCUUUAUGCUUUUAAUAUUAACUAUUGAAAAUCAAAGUGAGAUAAUUUAAUAAUUCUUUAAUUGCUCUCUCUCAUAUUUCUUUGUAUUUUGUUAAGUACUAAUGAUGUAAAAUGUUAUGAAUUGUCCUGAAAAGAAGUCAUUUUUAUAUUUAUUUUAUUUUUGAAUGUCACUCAUAAAUUUUCGAUAAUUUAAAAUUAGAUUUGAGAAAAAAGUUUUUAAUAAUUAUUUAUUUUCAAAUGGCUUAAAUCUAAA